UUACACCUGUGAUUACACUUCACUCAGCGUCUCUUAAAAGUUUUAACUUACAUAUAAGCGCUUAUAACAAGCCAAGCCGUCAUGGCUUCACAACAUGAGAGACAAGAUGAAAGCCUUGGAAUUGAUAGCAAUGCCGUGCAAGAUUCCAGAACGACGUUAUUUCGACAAGCACGACUGCAUAAUUCACGCAAAAGUCUAUUCAAUUCGCCAUUUUCUAAUCCAAACGUGGAUGCUGAAUUAGAUCCUUGGAUAUAUAAGUGCAAUACUUAUCAAGUUGACAUGCAAGUUCACACUAUACUUUCAUCUUCGCAAAAAGAACGUGAAAAUUGAAAUUUACUUCCAGUUGUGUUGCAGUCAGUUGAAAAGCGUCCACUUACUUUUGUAAAAGAAAGUGUUGUUUAGGAUUAUUUUAAGAAACUAUCAAAGAAAAGGGAUAAAGCGCAAUAUGCUCAGAAUGUUUCAAACAUUCGAUGAACACCAACAAUCUUUUUAAG